GUGUGGACACAUCCUCUGGUGCUCAGAAAUCGCAUAUAUAUCCAGGAAUUUAAUCCGUCCAGAGGUGGUACAGUUACUGUAUGGGGGGGCAUUUUUUUAAAUGGACGUACAGAAUUAUUGAUGAAUGUGUAAAUUUACAAUUAUCAAGUCAAUGACAACAUUAUUUCAUUGUUUCAUGCUGCUAUUAGGCUAAAUUUCUUGUUUUUGAACGAUAUAAUGCGGUACCCCAUCGUGUGAGAAUUGUCCAUGAUGCUCUGGAAAUCCCCAUUUGGCCUUGCCCUCUCGAUCGCCAGAGCUCGAUUUCAUUGAACACGCUUGGGAACAGCUACAAAGAACUUUAGAUUCUCACCAAUCACCUCCUCAUACGCUUCAAGAUCAAGAACUCAGACGGCUUUUACCACCACUCCGGAGAGAAAUUGAUUAAGGCUGUUUCAACUUCAACAAUCUGAUCGAAAGUAUGCAAACGCGUUGUCAAGCUCUGAAACUUCCUAACUUUUGUGGAGCAGUAUAUGUCAAUUCUAUGGAAUUAAGUGAAAUAUCGUAUCACUGCUUAGAAUAUAUGUAGAUAAUAGACCUAAUAUCAAAGGUCUAUGAUGUAGAUAGAUAUUAAUGUUCUAAGUAUCACUGAUUAUGUUUUCAUUUCCGCGCCCUUUAUGUCAAAUUUGAUAGUUCAUGUUGGGGACAAAAUUCGCUUACUGAAAAUGACGUAUGCUCCUAUGCUCCUCUAUCUAUGUUUAUUAUUCUGAGGUUAAUGCAAAUUUAAAACUAAAAAGGGGGUUGUGUUAUAUGAAUUUUUUGAGAUUUGUAGAAUUUAUAAAGUUCGUGAAAUUGAAUUUCCUCUGUAAAGUUAGGACGCCUGAAAUUAUGUCAACGAGCCACUAUCCUUGUUUGUUAAAUCUUACUAAUAAUGAAAUUAUCAGAAUCUCUAAGAAAAAGUUUUCAGUUGGUCGAAGUUUGAAAUCUGAUUAUGUUCUCAACGGCUCGUCAAUCUCAAGAAUACAUUUUCACAUUGAGAAAAGAGAAGAAACAUGGAUUCUACAGGAUAUUAGUACAAAUGGAACUUUAGUAAACAAAAUUCUUCUUAAAUCUGAAAUUAAAAAUUUACGUAAUGGGGAUUUAAUAGAAUUCGUUGGAGGAACACUUCGUUUGAAAUAUAAAGAUUCAGAGGAAGCAAUGAUUGAUAACGACUCAAUUGCUAUUAUUGAUCUUGACCAAGUUAUUACUUCACCAACGGGGAAUAGUUUGCCUAGUGUGUCUAAUGAUCAUAGUUACGAAAGAAGAGAAGCUGAUAGAGAACAAACUUCUUCAGUGGGUGAUGUAAUAGAUCUCACAUCUUUCCCAGAUUCUCCAUCUUCUACUGGUCAAAACAGAGGUCAGAAAAGAAAUAGUGUAGAAGUACCUAAAGAAACUCCUCUCAAGAAAAAUAAACAUAUGGAAGACUCUUCUGAGGAGCCAAAGCUAGAGUGUAAAUUGGAGGCUUCUGAAUUAGAGUGUAGUAUUUGUCAAGAACUGUACAUUAACGCCACAACAUUGAAUUGUGCUCAUAGUUUCUGUAGUUCAUGUAUAAUGAGGUGGAGGAGUCAGAGGAACCACUGCCCAAUUUGUAGGAGACCCAUAGAAUUUGCAAACCCAUCAAUGGUCCUUGAUAACUUGGUCAAAAAGCUUGUGUCGGCGAUGGACCAAAAUAAUAGAGAACAGAGGAACAAAAUGGUUGCGGACAGGACAGCGCAAAUAAUCCCUCCAGCCUCACCUAAUGCAGAGUUCGACUAUAACACUGCAUCUGAGAGGUCGGACGAUUCCGACUUUUCUUUUGGUAUGGAGGAAGAUAGUGAUAGUGAGGAUGUAGAAGAAGUAUAUAGAACUUAUAUAUGGAAUUCAUGGGUUGUUGAUCACGACGACGUAGAAGGAUAUGAUUUUUGAACAUUUGAACUUUUUUGUAUAUACCUUUCUAUGAGAAAUAUGAAUUAUUAUAUUAUUAA